UCACUACACUUUACCCUUGCAUAUUAAAAUCGUAAUUUUAAAUGUAACAGCUCCUUCUGGUCAGACUGCAUGGAGAGGCUACGCCAUGAUGUCCAUUGCGCAUGCCCAAUGCGCAGUGGAAGCCAUGUUGGAGCUACAGUGGACUCGGGCUGGGAUUUUCUGACGCCGUAUGUUUUUCUUAAAAUAUCUGUUUCCAUACAUUGUUGGGGUUCGUCAACCGUGCGCGAUCGGCGCCGUAAUCGGCAGUGGAAAUGAUGAACUCCAGUGUCGACCUGUCCCGGCGGAAUCCGCAGGAGGAUUUCGAGCUGAUCCAGCGGAUAGGAAGCGGCACAUACGGAGAUGUGUACAAGGCUCGUAAUGUAAACACAGGAGAGCUGGCUGCUAUCAAAGUCAUCAAACUGGAACCGGGUGAGGACUUUGCUGUCGUCCAGCAGGAGAUUAUAAUGAUGAAGGACUGUAAACACUCCAACAUCGUAGCCUAUUUUGGCAGUUACCUACGGAGAGAUAAGUUAUGGAUCAGUAUGGAGUACUGUGGAGGUGGAUCUCUGCAGGACAUCUAUCACGUAACCGGGCCUUUGUCAGAGUCACAGAUAGCCUACAUGUCACGGGAGACCAUGCAGGGUUUAUACUACCUACACAAUAAAGGCAAAAUGCACAGAGACAUCAAGGGAGCUAACAUCCUCCUGACAGACAACGGCUAUGUUAAACUAGCUGACUUUGGUGUAUCGGCCCAGAUCACAGCAACUCUAGCCAAGAGGAAGUCGUUCAUUGGAACUCCGUACUGGAUGGCUCCAGAGGUAGCAGCAGUGGAGAGGAAAGGAGGUUACAAUCAGCUGUGUGAUAUCUGGGCUGUGGGCAUUACUGCAAUAGAGCUGGCUGAACUGCAGCCACCCAUGUUUGAUCUGCACCCCAUGAGGGCUCUCUUCUUAAUGACCAAGAGUAAUUUCCAGCCUCCUAAGUUGAAAGAUAAAGUCAAGUGGACAAACAACUUCCACCAUUUUGUCAAACUAGCCCUCACAAAGAACCCAAAGAAGAGGCCCACAGCUGAGAAACUGCUGCAGCACCCCUUUGUGUCCCAGCCGCUCAGCAGGACGCUGGCAAUAGAGCUGCUGGACAAAGCCAACAACCCCGACCACAGCACCUUCAAUGACUUUGAUGACGACGACCCGGAGCCAGAGUCUCCAGUCUCUGUUCCUCAUCGUAUUCGUUCCACCAGCAGGAGCGCCAGGGAGGGAAAGACGCUGUCAGAGAUUAACUUUGGUCAGGUGAAGUUUGACCCUCCAUUGAGAAAGGAGACAGAACCUCAUCAUGAACCGUGUGAAUCUGAGCCCUAUCUGGACUGUGUUGAGGAGCUCUACUAUACCGCGAGAUCUAAUCUGGACUUGCAGUUGGAGUAUGGACGCGAUUCACCAAGUCUGCUUGGAGGAAACAAGAGUCUUCUCAAAUCUGUGGAAGAGGAGCUGCAGCAGAGGGGCCAUGUGGCACACUUAGGGGAUGAUGAUGAUGAGGAUGAUGAUGGUGCAGAUGAUGAUGAAACUCACACUCAUAAAUCAAGCACUAUCAUGAGGCCAAAGGUCCCACCUCCCCUUCCUCCCAAGCCCAAGUCGAUCUGCUCGUCACAGCCGCCACAGCAGCAGCAACUAAAACAUGACGAUAGCCAAUCACACAGCGAGGACGACGGCGGAGGGGGAGGCACCAUCAAACGCUGUCCAGUCCCAGAGACGGCGAGCCCCGCCAAGCCCGCCUCCAACGUCCCCCCGCGGCCCCCGCCUCCCAAGCUGCCGCCCCACCGCCGCAGCAGCCUAGGUAACGAGAGCCCCAAGCGCACGGACGUCGAAAACUCUGCCCCAGAGGAUGAUGGGAGCUUUAGGCAUUUCUGGGAGUGGCUCCACACGCCUCACACUGAGGAGGAGCUGGAGGAGGCGUGGGAGGUGCUGAAGGAGGUGAAAGAGGAGCAGGAAAAAGAGGAGAAAAAGGAAGCGAGAAAUGGGCUGAACACAGCUCCACACCCACACGGUGCUGGGGAGAGGGACAGUCCAGCAGACAGACAGUCCACCAUGCCCCCUAGUGUCCCCAUACGGAAAGACAAGAAGGACGUUCCGAAGCCAAUCAGUAAUGGCCUUCCCCCUACACCCAAAGUCCAUAUGGGUGCAUGUUUCUCCAAGGUGUUCAACGGCUGUCCUUUGAAGAUCCACUGUGCCACCUCCUGGAUCAAUCCCGACACCAGAGACCAGUAUUUGAUAUUCGGAGCUGAAGAGGGAAUCUACACAUUAAACCUUAAUGAGCUGCAUGAGACCUCAAUGGAACAGCUCUUUCCUCGGCGGUGUACUUGGUUAUACGUCAUGAACAAUUGUCUUCUUUCCAUAUCUGGAAAAGCCUCUCAGCUGUACUCCCAUAGUCUGAGCGGUCUGUUCGAACAGGCCAGACAGUUACAGAAGUUGCCAGUAGCCAUUCCCACACACAAGCUGCCUGACAAGAUGAUUCCCAGGAAGUUUGCAGUGUCCAAUAAAAUUCCAGACACUAAAGGGUGCCAAAAGUGCUGCGUAGUCCGUAAUCCGUACACAGGCCAUAAGUACCUGUGUGGAGCCUUUCAGUCGAGUGUCAUGCUGUUGGAGUGGGUAGAGUCCAUGCAGAAGUUCAUGCUCAUCAAGAACAUCGACUUCCCUUUGCCGUGUCCGUUGGAGGUCUUUGAGAUGUUGGUGGUCCCGGAGCAGACCUACCCUCUGAUCUGUGUGGCAGUCAGUAAAGGCACCGAACUCAACCAGGUGGUCCGGUUCGGCACGGUCAACCCCAACUCUACCUCUUCCUGGUUCACGGAAGCAGGUGAGAACUACACACCACAGACGUGUGUAAUCCACGUCACUCAGCUAGAAAGGGACACUAUCCUCGUCUGCCUCGACAGGUGUAUAAAGAUAGUGAACCUCCAGGGCAGGUUGAAAUCCAGCAGGAAGUUGUCAGCCGAACUCACCUUCAACUUUCAGAUCGAAGCCACAGUUUGUCUCCAAGACAGUGUACUGGCCUUCUGGAGGCAUGGCAUGCAGGGACGCAGUUUCAAGACCAAUGAGAUUACCCAGGAGAUCUCUGACAGCACACGCAUCUUCAGACUACUGGGAUCAGACAGGGUGGUGGUGCUGGAGAGCAGGCCCACAGACAACCCUACAGCCCACAGCAACCUCUACAUCCUGGCAGGCCACGAAAACAGCUACUGAGACACACACAAACACACAUCCGCACAUAAACACACUCUCUCUAAACAGCCUACCACUAAUGCAAACAAGGGAGUGAAGCAACCAGGAGACACACUCAGCCCAACCUUACCGCUAACCCACCCAACCUCCUGUGUAACUGGGAGACGAGCCGUUUGUGGGUGCAGAUGUGGAUUCCCAGUUGCAGACGUUUAAAAUGCACCGCAGCAUUACAUGUGUAUUAGUGUUGUAGUAGGGCAGCGGCUUGUGGAGCCGUUUCUGACAGGGGGAGGGUUUUAAACUGCUGGUCUGAGGCCAGUUUGGGUGGAGAUAGCCGAGGGAAUCUGCACCUUAGUCCAGCGACUUCAACCCAGAGUCCUUCCUGAUACCAUCCCACCUUUCCCUGCAUACUGCACAUUGGGAAAAACCCGCAUCCAGCACAGAAGUCUGACGUCAACACUACUUCUACUACUAGUUCUACACAUACUACUAUUACUACUGCUACUUGCGCUAAAGCUUCACAGAAGAGCCAUCUUGCACAGAAAACCUUUCUCUCCCUCCUCCUCCUCUUUCCUUUCCGCCUUUUUUAUUUUGAAACUUCACCUUUAUUUAUUGUGGCAUGAUGUAACUUUAACAACCAGGAUGGCUUUCCUGUUUUAUUUGUUUUUUAAAAAAGGACAAAAAAAAAGAGAAAACGACUAAAAAAGCUUUGCCACCUCUGCUAGCAUCGAAUUCCGAUACCCGUCACCACACCACACAAGUGCUUAUUUGACCUCUAUUUAAUUGUUGUAAAUAUAAAUGUAGUAUUUUUUUGACAGAGACGAACACUAAAAAGACUGGUCAUGUAGAUAGGCGUGUGUAUAGUUGCUCUGUACAACUGUGGAGACAAACAGAGAGACAGACAGGCGCGGAGGAGCGACGGGGCAGUAAAUUCCCUUCCUGGUUCCCUGAUCAUGUGACGAGGGUCAGGAGCACCCUGGAGUCUCCUCAGGUGGACAGCUUUAGCAAUCUGAUAUUACUCUAAUAAUCCGGAGCUCAGGAUCGAACUGAGCGAACACAGGAAGCAGCACCGAUUGGUCAUUUUGUUUUUCAGUUUUGCAUGCAUCACCAUCGAAACUUCCUGCUCAUUUAAGUUCCUCCUUUUCCUUUUUUUUAAUGCUGUUUUAAUCCGAAAGCUUUUUUUAUUUUGCUUUUUUAUUUUAUUUUUAUCGAACCACUGGUGUUAAAAUUUUGCACAGAGAAAAAGGUAUUUGAUAAAAACAAAUGUGAUGUCAUAAUAAUAUAUGACCUUGUGUGUAUGCACCGUGUGUGUGUAUGUGUGUGUGCGUGUGUGUGUAUGUGUGUGCGUAGACAUAGAUUAUGCACAUACAAGUGCGUCAUGUACAGAUCUGGUCUUUAACAAGUGACAGUUGUGUUUCUGCUCAAGGCCAACAGAUAUUAAGAAAAACUAUUCUAAAAGAGCUGGAUUUACACAGAAAGAAACAUCUAUAUUUAUUCAGUAGAUCUGGUAUAUAUUAGCCGAAUUUCCAGAAUUAAAUUGACUAACCAGCGUCCCAUGUGGUACUGCAAAAAUGAUAAACAGAUUGAUCAAAAAUACUGCUUGAAAAAGAUCUGUAAAGCUCAGACGUGAUCACAUUAAGCCAGAUUAAACACACUCACUGCAGUAAAAAAUGAGCUAAAGGCCUAACUUUCCUUCUUCGCUAGCUUCUGAUUUUACUAGCCUGGAGUUUCUCUCAGAAAGCCCAGAAUCAGGGCAGGGAAUAUAACUUCUGUGUAAGUCCAAUUGGUUUAUUCCCUUUUAGUCAUAUUCAGACGUUUUAAACUUCGGCCUUAUUUGCUGUGACUUUUUUAAAGGCUGACAUCUGUAUAAGAGAUCACUACAUGCAUGUAGAUGUGCACUGUGUGGUGUGUAGGAGAGUCUAUAUGUGGCAGUACACUACCAGUCUUUACAAGCUGUGACACUAGAGGUUGCUUCCAAGGACGUCAACACUUAUAGCUGAAUUUAACUGAGACACCAUCGCUAAACCUGAGAUCUGAACAGAGCUGAAACGUUUGGAUUCAUUUUCCAGAAGUCAGUUUUUCAUUCAUUUUUUAAUAUUAUCCAUAGAAGUUUAAAACAACCAACAUAUGAACAAGUAUCAUUGCUAUUAUUAGAGCUAUUAUUAUUACUGAUAACUACUAUGGUCACAGUAAUAUCUCUGUAUUUAAUGUGGCAAGAAAUCCUGUUUCCGCUGCCAUCUGGUGGUUCAUUCUUACCACAUAACACCUAUUCCCAACAAAGCUGAAAUCCGGUUGGACAUUGCAGUAGAAAUAGCAACAAUUACAGUGCUUUAAACUGUCCUAGCUGACUAUAGAAUAAAUUGAAGCUAUAUUUAUGGAUGAGAACAUUUCAGCUCUGUAUAGAUGUGUCACUGAAUACUACUAAGGUGGUUUUAAAAGGGACAUGUUGGGCUGUUUAAGAAAAGAAUGUAACGUCAUUUUGUCAUAUUCUCAACCUUUAAAUGUAACUUUACCAACAUGGCAGCAUGUUCCUCCUCCAACCAACAUCUCUACACUAUUUCACUUGUUUCCAUGGGUUAAAACGGAUCAUCUCAGUGGAUUCCAUCUCCUGAUGCUUUAUUGCACCAUUGUGGUGAAGCGGCUCAAACAAAGGUUGAAUCCAUUGUGAGGAUGUAUUUUAUUUGUUUUUAUUUCCUGUGCACACUUUGCUUGUGUAAAAUAGCCGCAGAGUGUUGCUUUGCACCUGGAAACAAAUCGAAUCAUGUAAGACAUUUAGAGUGGAUCUGUUCCUGUAUGUGGUGCUGUUCAUAGGACUGUGAUUGCUGUAAUUUUACCACAAAUCAGCCACAGAAGGGAUAAAUGUUACAGCUAGGGGUGAUCAGCUUUCAGGGCAUAUAACUAUAGAAGCCCAUUCCUGUCAAUGUAACAAAAAAUAAAAAUAAAAAGCACCUUUAAGUCAUUAUAAUGAGGAACUUUUCCAAAAUAAUGACUCAAUAUCUCAAGUUGUGACUCAAUGUAAUGAGAAACUUUAUCAGUAUAACAAAUUAAUAUUUCAGAAUAUCAAGUUAGCUUGAGUUAUUUUUGACAGUUUAUUAUUUUGACUCAUUAUUUUGUGAUACUAAAAGUCACUAUCUUGAGACAGUUUCUCAAAAUGAUUAAAAGAAUCUUUUUUUCAUAUGUUUUUCUGUUACUGACAGAAAUGGGCUUUCAUCUAUGACAGAAUUGUUUUGAAUUGCCUUGAAAGCAAAUCACUUCCCCAUACGAGCAAGUUAGCCAACAUCAUGCUAAUAUAUGUGCUUCGAGCCAACACCUGAUCAAUAGAGAUGUGUCAUAGUUUCAGGGCUGCAACUUUUUGUUCACACAAUCAUGUUAUUUAGCAAAAAUGUUUUAUUAUCAAUUUGUUCACUCAGUGUCAAAAUUACAGUAGCAGUACCAAGUAAACUCAGCCAUUAAGCCUAAUUAUCACUUUUCAUUUAAUUUGAUGAGAUUAAUUAUUUCUUCCUUAACGGUUCAUCUAUUUUUUUCCUUUUUUAAAUAAAUCUAUCACAUUCCUUUACAAUUAUUAUGGAUUAGUUGAUGUCAAAUAUCCUUUAUUUUACAUUUUUAAAUGUAAUGCCAAAAUAUCUUAUUGAACAAUUUUAUGGCCAAGUUUAGAUAGUCUACCUCGUGGUUAUGUCCUAGAUUAAAUUAAAAGAAAAUGUCUAAUUCUAAAGACAGCCAUCAGCAGCGUAUAAUGUGUCUUUGUUUUCUAAGUUGUAAAUGAGAGGAAGUUCAGAAAUCCCAAGUUACUAAAACACACAAAGACAAAGUGAAUGAGAUAUUCCACUGACGUUUUUUUAAAAGGUUUUUUUUUUUUCUUCUAAAUUUUGAAAUCUCUUUUCUCAAGCCCAACAAAACUCUCAUCCUGUAUCAUAGCUGCACAUCUAAACGGCCAAUAUAAACAAUUCUUAAAAUCUCAUAUCAUUUCUUCAGUGGGGUUUUACUUUUUGAGGGAACUGUUCCCUUUUGCAAAAUAACAAAGUAUGUUUCUGUGAGAUUGAAUGUCACUUCCAUGACUCCUAAUUCCUGCUGUCAUAAAUAAUAAUAACCUAAUCUAUAAUCCCCUGAAGCAGGUGCCAACACGGCCUUUCAUUGUGCUGAAAAAACUCCUCCUGGGUCAAAUCACAUGUGAAAGUAAUUCAAAGGGAUUGUUUUAAAAUUAUGUGGGCACCAGAUGAAGUGGAUUUUCUGAAUGUCACAGAAAAGUGAAUUAGCAUUAACAUGUUUUUCCUGGGAUUGCCUGGCUCUCAUCGUACCUUGUGCAGAUUAAAAUAAACGCUGAUCCCAGGUCUCCUCCCAAUAUACAACAACACACUAUAAGUCUCCUCUGUUCUGUCGCUAUUACAUCACCUUUGUCUUUUGUUUUCAUAAUGCAAUGCACACGUUAUGAAAUGUAUAUAGUGUAAAAUAAAAAUGGGUUUGUUUUACAUACUGUAUAAUUGCCUAUAUUUUGUUUCAGAAGUGUAACAGAUUUAUGAGAUGACAGGUUAACACAUUAAAAAGAA